CUUGACAGGUAUUUAAUUAAAACGCACAAAUUGAUGUUUCCAUAGAUAUGCAUAAAAUGAAGAAAACCACCUGAUGUGAGUAGGCAAAUUCAUCACGUGUGUCUACUUAUCUACACUUCAUUUGAAGAUUUCAUUAUUUUAAAGUUAUACUGGAAUUAUGAUCAGCCUGUUGAUAUUCGCUGUUCUCGUCUUAAAUACAAAUAUAGCUGAAGAGACGGAAGUUUCAGCAGAAAGUAACACAUCACAAACCAAAAACGAGACUUAUUAUACAGUCCCUCAGCCUUGGUCCGAAUGGUUAAGUGGAAUUUUGAAAGCUCUAAAUCUCGCAUGUGCUCUCAGAACUCUUUGGCGCUUGGCUACAUCAAGAUUUCCAUUCUUCUUUUGAAGUAUUCAGCAAGUGACAUGGAUAGAAAUUUAUGAACUAGAAUAUGUUUAUUAAUACAAAGACAGUUUCAGUUAUCUCUGACUUUUGUUUCUAUUCACUUGGUACUUUACUCCAAAGUAUGUUUGAAAACCUCCCAAAAAUGGAUAAAUAUAACUCCCUAUCCACGAAAUAAAUAACUGAGAUAUAUUUUUCCGAUGGCGCAUUGCAUUCA